CUACACAACAGCUGGGAAAUAUCACAUUUUAUCAAGAUACGCGAACUGUCCCUUUAAAUUGGUUCCUAUCCCCUUCAUCCAGUUUGAUCCAGUUUACCCAGACUAUUUGGUUUUUGAUUACGGACUGGAAGUCAUGGUUUAUGGCCGGAGCUGCUGCCCUCACAGAGAUGACUGCUGCGCCUUUUCAUUGUGAGAGGGAGAGGGCUGAAGGCUGGACUGUCUCUCACUGCUUCAGCUUGACUUCAACACUCGCUCUACACAGCGGAUGGAGUUGUUCCUAAGCGCACGACCACUUUGGAUUUUACGCACGGGUUUCCACAGCGCCAGAGGAGAGGAAAGUGAUGACAAACAAGCAGCAGGUGUGAAAGUUUCCGCUCUGAGAUAUCACCUGUGAUAAACAGAGUCCAGUUAUAACUGGUGGCUUUAGUGCGGCUCUGUGCCGAAACGUUUGCUUUUUAAAUGCGUUUUUUCCAGCGGUGCGUCAUUACGAUUUCACGCCAAGUAUAAACUAAUUUCAUCUACCGGAUUGUUUUCAUGUCUCAGCGUCCACACGUGAUUUCACAGCAAGGCUACUGAAGUGAGCUAUUCUUGCCUCACGAUGAGCACAGGACUGGCUUCUUCGUGAUCUAAGGCGAAACGAGGACGCACCUCCAGAAGAACUCAUUUUUGCGGGAUUACAGCACCUCGACCAAGCGCGCAAACAUGCCGUGCGGGACCCGCGUCCUGCUGCCGCUGCUGCUGCUGCUGCUGGCGGCUGUGGGCGCGCCGGCCGGGGCGGGCAGGGUGCGCAAGAAGGCGAGCCGCAGCCGGCCGUGCCUGGACCUGCCGGAGGAGAUCCUGGAGCAGAUGUUCGGCAGGCUGUCGGUCGGAGUCCUCAGCGCUUUCCACCACACGCUGCAGCUGGAGCCGCUGGAGAGACACAACCUGACCUGCCCGUCCGCCGGCCGGCCUCUGCCCGACGUCAAGGCCCGCAUCCCGGUCAACCUGAACAGCCUCUCCCCCUGGGCGUACAGGAUCUCCCAUGACCCGGCCAGGUAUCCCCGCUACAUCCCUGAGGCCUACUGCCUGUGUAAGGGCUGCCUGACCGGCCCGCACGGGGAGGAGAGCGACCAGUACCGCAGCACCCCGGUCUACAUGCCCUUUGUCAUCCUGCUGAGGACAGGCUCCUGCAUCGGCGGCCGCCACUCCUACACCGAGAGCUACGUGUCUGUCCCGGUCGGGUGCACCUGUGUCCCGCUGCUGGAGAAGGACCGGGACGCCCAGAGCAGCAACCAGAGCCUGGAGAGAGAGCAAGCCAAGGCCGGACAGCUGAACCUCACUGACAAGAAAGUGUAGCAGGAAGGAUGCUGGACCUUUUCUGAUGUCUUCCUCUCAGCUACUGUUGGACCUUAACGUGCCUUUUUUUUUCCAAAAUUUUCUCCACCUGGACUUCUCUCCAGUACAACAAACAAUUCAAGGGAUCACACUCCUCUAUAGACUUGUGUGCAUUAAUUAGUUGGAUAUCAAGGGAUUUCAAUGCAGAGCUCCUACAUCUCUGUUGCCCCGUGAGAAUUAGUGAAUUUAGGAAGACAUGAACAUGGUUUGACACCUAUUUUGGCCUUGAUUGAGGACUUUGCCCUGGUCUCGGUCCUGAUUUUGUCUCAGUAAUCCUUGUUUGGUCUUGGAAUUAAUUUGGAUCUGACAAAGGCAGCGUUAACUGCUGUCUGCAAAGAUGUAAAACACUGCAAGUAACACCAAUUUGGAUCUCUACCUCCUUUUCCUGGUUGGAUAUCCAAAAGCAACAGGAAUGCAUUUUUCAGAAGGCCUGAAAAUUUCCAUGUUUAUCCUACAUCUCUCCUGAAGUGUUUUUCUGUAAACGCUGUCAGAUAGGAACCUCAGUUAUUUUAGUGGUGGAUGGCAUGACUGGCUCCACAUCCAGUAUUUAAUAAUAAUUAUGUGUAAACCAACAAAUCAGCCUUAACUCAUAUUUAAACAGCUUGGUUUGACAGCUCCUUUCAUUUAUUCUCCGAAGGAUCAAAGAUGUGCUAGUCAACAUUUCAGGAACUUUUUGAUCCCAGGUCCCAAAAGUGGACAUUAGGAUCUGUUGCUCAUACCCAGGCUCAAAUACACACCAGCAGUCUGCUCUUCUUCCUCAGAAACAGGCCUGCAGUCCAUUUGGCCAAACACCCCAAAGCCUUUUCUUUUUCUGGACCCCAAGCAGAGAUAAACCUCCAAUCACAAAAGUCAAUCCUAUAUAUUCUCUCAUUUGAUUAACUUGAAUCAACUAAUCUACAGGGAAAUUGUCAUCAGGGAGCCCUGGGAGUCCCCGCCCUCGGUGUGGGAGCCAGCGGGCACAAGAAGCCACACAGUGAGGUGAGAGCAGCCAAACAGAAGCCAUGGACUGCCAGCAGCCAACAGUGAACAAGUGCUGAUAUAAAUACGUGGCACAAGUUUAUGAAUAAUAUGUCCUGCAUCAUUACACUAAUGCUAUUCUGCAUAAGUUAUGCUGUUUAACAAUAAACAUAGGAAGGCUGAAGAGUCAAGUAUCAAUAGCUUGAUCAACACUGCCACCUACUGACUGAUAAGUGACUGAUACAAAAAAAAAAAAAAAAAAGGGUGUGUGUGUGAGUUUUGGUCAUUUUUUUUCAUGCAAUGUAAAAACACAAUGGUGACAU